AUGUUGAUCGGUUUUGGUUUGACAUGGUUUACGCGUUACUGGUUCCCGGAAGAGUUAAUAUCUCCAUUAGCUAAACCCUUUCUUACCCUGCCUUUGGACUCGUAUUUUGUUCGUACACAAUCAACGGAGGCCUCCCCGACAUAUGUUGCAACGUCUCCAAUAGCAUGCUCUUACUUCGUCUUUCCCUUAAUAAGUCAUCAAAUUUGGUGCUUUUUGAUCCCCAGUUGCUAUGGGGAACAAAGGACGAAAUACAAUCGAUUCCUCCAUUUAAGUGGUUCUCGCUUCUCCUUGUUCCUGUUUCUAACUCUUCCCCGGGUAGUUCCCAAUGUUUGGCACUUUCCAUACUUCAUGGGUGCAACAUCAACAAAUUCGCUCAUGAUCAAGUUACAACCCAAGAUCUAUGACCAUAUUAUGUUAACUGUUCGUAUUUCGUUCAUUCCAUCGGUAUGCUCUCAGGUACCUGUAAUUGUGAUCCGUUUGCCAGAACCAAGGGGUCUUUCUGUGGAAACCUCCACGAACAAUCGUCGUUUUUUGAUGGUUUUUCCGCUUCUCACAGCUGCUCUUUCCACACCUCCGGAUAUCUGGUGCCAAAUCGUCGCCCGUUUCCUUAUUUCUUUGAUAAUAGAGUUGGCUAUCUCUGUGGCAUCGAUUGUACAAGUUCGUGAAGAGGGCUGGACGAGUGGAAUGAGGGAGAGCGGCUCGAUCGACAAAAAAGAAGAGUAGCCCCCCUAGAACCUGGCAAAGUCAUUAUCAAUGAAUUCCCGAGCAAUUAUCAACCAAUCACGUAAUUUGUCGACAGAAAGCUGAUAUAAAGUCAUUGAUAUAUAAAUUGAUCUAACUGGACCUUCAGCCCCUAUUCCAGACUAUUCUUUCUACAGGAGAUAGAUGAAACUCGCUGACAAGGCUAGCUACAGCGCAUUCAUUGCACCCUCCCGUCUCUUCUUCAAAAUAAAAACGGUAUUCGUUUGUACCGGCGGUUCGUCGAGCGCAGCUUCCCUUAAACUAACUACUUUAUGGGAAUCCCUCGCCGAUCGAUCUUAGCACUAUGCUUCACACAGGUUUUUUUAUAGAGAGAGAGAGUAAGACGCCUUUCUGGGGCUUUAAAGCAGGGCCACAGAUAUUGCAAAACUUUCGGAGACGGGAUGGAAAGACUUUCGUGAGAAGAGAUGGUAGGCUUGAUACGGAUACAGCUGCUUAUCACCCACCUUCUAAUCGAUUUUGGAUUGGAAGGAGGGUGAGGAACGAACACAGUGGUUUGACUGCUGGGAUCCCAAUCGGCCUGCAUCAGCGGAAAAUGGAACUCUCGAAUCACGGGUGACUCGCUUUAUCGGGAUGGGAGGAAUUGCUUAAUCGGCAUUCCUUCCCUAAAUAAAUCCACUAGUAGGUAGCGGUAGGAGAGAUCUAUUAUGGUGGGAUGGACCGUUAUCUAAUUCCGGCCGGCAUUUCUGUCAAUCGGCGUAAGCACUCCGCUCGUUCGUAAGCCCCUUUAGAGAGAGGAGAGAGGGGCGAGGGCGGCUUUGAUGAGAGCUAAGGGCCGAAGGCGGCUUCGCUUAGUAUAUAAGCUGAUAAGACCUGCGGCAGAUACAGUAGAGCGCAUGCAAAAAGUAGCUUAUCUUAUAAAGUAGACAGCAAAAAGGAAAUUGCCUGCCAUGAGACAGACAAGCCGCUCCUUCACUAUUGCAGAGCGGCUUCGCUCAAUAAAUGCUACAAUAUUUUUUUAGUAGAAUAAUGUGGUUUUUUCUAGUGGAUUGGAGCGGCUUCGCUAUCCCAUGCAAGUGAAGGGACAGUCCUCCUAUCGCGAACCUAUCCACUUAUCUACCGCAUCGAGGCGAACAUCUCGGCUUGGUUGGAAAGCUUUUAUAUAGCAAUAAACCGGAAGGCUCAGGUCUUUCCGGGGCCAGGCAAGGGGUUCGGAGUUGGGUCGAAGGAGGCCAACUAAAACGGAGUUUAGGUAAAAAAAAAGAAAGAGCUUGGGAUAAAAACAAACCUCACCCUAGGAGUCGGAGUCACCUGUGAAAGGAACGGAGUUGGGCCCUACGCCUAAAUAGGAUCGGCUUGGGUUCGUAUGAAUGGAACGGCAUAGAAAAGAAACCAUUGUAUGCUACCACGCUACGAUUUUUAUUCCGAAAUAUUUUAUCGCUACUAUCGGGGCGGGGGCCCGUCUUUCGAGUCGUUCUUACGGCCGUGGUAGCUGCCGAGCCUCCAUAUCGACUGGGAGUUGCUCUCUCGUCUUUUUUCCUCCGCCUUCCUCUCGUAAUUGACCCUAUCUUUUCUGCUACGCCUAUCCAUCCGUCAGAUUUACAUCCAAUCCAGCCGGGUGAGCGAUAGCGGCUCCUGUUUACUAAUAGAUCUGCCGCCACUAGUAUAACAAAAAAAGCACAUAAGGAUCCGGAAUCUUUCAAUUGACUGAUCAGGAUCAUAGAAAGCCCGGUAUUACCAGAAAGGAUAGUCGUGAUGUCCCUUUAUGGCCGGCCUAAUCAGUAUGGAGCCGAAGGCUCGGGUUUCCAGCAGGCCCCUUCUCUUGCUUUCCCUUUAAGUGACAAGGGGGGUGGGCCGCUCCAAGCCGAAAGCGAUAGCGAAUCCCGAACUUGCCCACGCUCAUCCAAACCGACCUCAAAAAGCGAUCGGAAAGCGAAGCCCUUCCUUCCAAUCCAAGCCGGCAAAGCCGCCCCUAUAUCUAACCACCGCUCACCCCGAUCACAUAUUGGCGCGUUCAUGAUGCAUCAUGAUCAAAAGGCCGUAAAGAAGACAAGACCUAUGCAUCAGUGUACUGUCAUGAUCACAUAUUUUCUCUAUUUUAUUGACGACUUGAGGGCGAAGCCGCCUAUUUAUUAUUAUUUAUUAUUAUUAGGGCAAAGGGCGCUCCCUCCUCCUAACUCCUUCCACUUCUCCCAGGGACAGGGACUACGGCUUGACCUUCGGGGAAGAAGUCCGCGGGACCCCUCUCCUUCUAGGGCGCCUAGAUAUUGAAAGGUUAUCCCUUUGCAACGCUGGAAGCUAAGCAAAGUCACGAAGCUGGCUGACUACGCUCGAGCAGAGCUCAGGCCCGGGGGUGGUGGCUGAACUCGCCGCAGAGUUCAGGAGCGAGAAAGACUAUCUUGAUGAAUGCAAUAAGAGCCGGCUGCUCUCGCCGCAGCAGAGUGCUUUGCCCAUGCUGCUAUCCGCCGCCGAAGCGCGUCUAAAGGAAAAAAGGCCAAAGAGUGAUCUUUGAACGCUACUACGCAUCCUUACUCAUAGUAUAGUAAGGUAGGUUUGGGUAUAGCAGGACUUGAACCUGCGACCAUUAGGUUAAAAGCCCAAUGCUCUACCAACUGAGCUAUACACCCCCAAAAAUAUGUAGUAGUAAAUAAGGAUUGGUGCGGAAAAGAGGGCGGCCCCUUCGCUUAGAUAGCAAAGCCGCCUUCAGCCCCUCUUCUUCUCAUCAUAUGAAAGGGGCGCGGCUCUGUAUGAGGCUCGUACUGCAGAGCAAGCGAAGAAAACGUAAGGGUGCGCGUUAG